GCACCACCUCACUCAGCUCCUGUUGGCUGCCAUUGCCGCUAAAGAUGCCAGCCGCUGGCCAUGGCCUACGCCGCACAGCUUGGAGCCCUCACUGAGGAGCUCAUCGAAGCCGUCACGGGCCUUUCUCGCAAGACAAAAUCGAGGCGUUACAGAGCCAUCUACGACGCCACACUGCACAAGAUCAAGUCGCAGGCCUAUCUCCGCGUCAACCAGUUCGAGAUCCAGCACACGCUCGACGGGCUUGAGGAGCGGUUCCGCGUCAACAACCGCGAUGACCUCGCCGACGCUUUCCGCGACAGCCUAGACCGGCUGGAAGAGCACGAGUCCAAGUGGCACCCAGAGAUACUGGCGCUGCUCCUGGGACUGUCCGACCAACCGACUUUCAAGACGAAGCUCAGCGACCUGGAUGCUGUGCGACAGCGCGAAGAGCGGCAGGCCCAGGCCUUCAACUGGGAUGACGUCGCACGAGAAGAUGGUUGGGAUGAGGACGAGCUCCUCUGGCAGACGAUUGAUUACAGCCGCGAUUCAGACGACGACGACGAUGACGACGACGACGAUGGCGAAGCUGCCCAAGACGAGCUGGACGACGAAACGCUCCUUGACGUGCCGCUCAUUUACGCUUACGACAUUGAUCAUAGCCUGCACAAAGAGGGCAGGACUGCUACUGACUGCAUCAUCCAGCCCGAGGAUACGGAACUGCUCAAGGAGCUUCAGUCGACGCAGCAAUGGAGAACCGACGUACCCCAAAAGGAUGACAUAGGGACUGUCCAGAAAAUUGCCAUUUCGGAGACGCACAUUGUCAGGGAAAUCCUCUUCAUGCUCCAGGGACUCAAAACGUCUCUUUUCAACGAUACCACUGGCUUGCCGGAGCCAAACUACUACAUGCAACACGUCAGUUGGGAGACGUACAAGGCUGUGAUACACGGCAUUGCAGAGUCUGGCUGGCGCAUACUGCUGCUUCGGAGAUUUGUGAGCCAUCCGCAGGCCAUUCCGCAUCUCCAGGCCUUUCAAGACUGCAUCGCAAAACGACUUCGGGACUUUGACAUCAAGCUGUCGGAGAUCGAAGCUCGCUUUGCUGCUCCUUCGGACGAGGUCAUGUUCACGUUGCUGUCUGUUCAGGGGGAGAUUGCCCCCUGGCUGCAGCCCCUGCUUGUGCUUUCCAACAUCAUUGCGCAGAUCCAGGAGACGUCGAGCUCGGACACGUUCCGGUACCUUGAGCUCCUGUACGACGAGACGACGCUGGCGCAGCUCAGAGGCGAAAUGUCCACGUAUGAGUUUCUCGCCCGCAUUUUUCUCGACUGCUUCCAGGUCUACAUCCGGCCGAUCCGUCACUGGAUGGACGAAGGGCGCAUCUCGUCGGAAAAUGAAAUCUUCUUCGUCCUCGAGAGCCCCAACAAAGUGCCCAUGAGCAAUAUCUGGCAAGAUCGGUUCAAGCUCCGCCAAACCGCAGAGGGGAGUCUGCAUGCUCCCAAAUUCCUCAAGCCCUCUGCGCAAAGGAUAUACAAUGCCGGCAAAAACAUUGUUGUGCUGCGACUCCUGGGCAAGUAUGAGCUGGGCAGCUCGUCUCUCGUCGAGGAGCCAUCCCUUGCUUUUGAGCACGUCUGCCCGCAAGGACUCGGCCUCGCCACGUUUCCAGACCUCUUCGGUGCGGCCUUUAAUCGGUGGAUCCAGAGCAAGUACCGCAAAACAUCCACCACGCUGAAGGACGCUCUAUUUGAAUUGUGCGAGCUCUCGUCGUCAUUGGAUGCGCUGCAGGCGCUCUUUCUCAUGUCGGACGGACACGCCGCCGCCUCAUUCACGGAUCAGCUGUUCGAUAAGCUGGAAAAUCUGAAUCCGGUGUGGUAUGAUCGCUUUGCCCUUGUCGGGACUGCGCAGGAUGCGUUUAUGCAGCUGGUGGACGUGAGCCGUCUCUCUGUGAGUGUCCACGUCCAGGGCACGCGCAUGACGGUGACGGACGCCCGAGGGUCGAUACGGGCUGCUCUGCCGCAUCUAAGGGUCGACUAUCGACUUUCAUGGCCGGUUCAAAUUGUGGUCUCGGAAGAGAGCAUGGAAAAGUAUCGAGCCAUAUUCACUCUGCUUCUGCAGCUCCGACGAGCGAUUCACGUCCUCCACAAGCCCAAGAUCCUCGACAACUACAUGACUGAUACGGAAGUUUGGGACGAGCGGGCCCUGUUCUACACCGCUCGCGGAAAGCUGCUCUGGUUUUGCACCACGGUCCAGUCAUACCUGGCGACGCUCGUCCUGGAGCCCAACGAACGGGCAAUGCGGCGCGAGCUGAUGAUGGCUGAAGAUGUCGACUCCAUGAUAUCGGUGCACGCCGCCUAUCUGGAGCAGAUGAUUGAGCAGGCUUGUCUGGGGAGCAAGAUGGCGCCCAUUCACGAGCGCAUGCUCGACAUGUUGGACCUGGCCAUCCACCUCGAGCUGGCAAGAGAGGGGAAAGCCGCGUGGGACGGGACCGAGCCCUCUCACAUGUUCAGGAAAGAGGAUGAGAGCGACGAGGGAGAGGGGAGGGAGGAGGGGCUGACCAGUGAGGAUUACAUGGAGUGGCUGGAGGAGAUUAACGCUGAUUUCGAGGAGCAUCUUGGCUUUGUGUGUUUGGAGCUGAAGAGCGCCGCGAGGGCGUCGAGUGAUGCGCAGUCUGCCAAGUGGGAUAUUCUGGCAGACAUGUUGCAAGCGGGCGAUGUUAGAAAUAGGGGCUGA